UAUAGGCCUAUGUUCAAUGUCUCAAAAUAUAACAAGUACAAUAGGAUAUACAUAAAUACACUAAGUGGUUGAUGCCCCCUUUAAACCUGAUUCUGUCUAGGACCAUGCAGCCAAACUCAGAUGUUGCCAAAGCAGGGAUCGACGAUUUUGACGUAGAAGGAAGUGCUGCUCUAGUGUUCUGUUUGUGUGGCGGGGAGAGAGCAGUGGACGUAGGCUUUUUUGCACUUUCCGGUAAAUUCACGAUCUUUCGAUUUUUGCUGGAAUUAAAUUUUUCAGACAAACGUGAUUUGUUUUGUAAAUGACAAUCAUGUGACGCACAUAUUUAUGCUACUGUCCAGUUGUAACUACAAACCCAUCCGGAAGACUGGGGAUUUGAGUCGCUUCGAUUAGACUGGGGACAACUGGAAAGCAAAUGUCGAGGGUUGACUAUUUUAGUUUUCUUUACAAAUCGCGAAAAAUUCAGUCAAUUGAAACUGUUAUUGAAUAAUAUUGCAUUAAUUAGAUUGGUCGACCGACGAGCUAGAUUUAUCUGGCGGACUGUUGAUGUUCUCAAUUGUAGCCUAACAUUCAACUUGUUACAUUGUACAUCUCAUAUAGUCACAGUAGUAUGAAACAGAGGCGCCGUAACUCGGGAUUUCUGCUAAGGUAGAACCUCUGGAGACUACUGUAAACAGUUCAAUAGAACAUAAUUGAUGGACAUAGUUAUUUCUGCUUUACAUCCGGUUUGAAAGAAGGAACUUUUUUUCUAUGGCAGGAACACAUAAUUCUGUCCCCUUCAUUGGUUAUUGAUCCAAUAGUUGACUGUCAAUAAACUUACGAAUGCACUGGUCUAUUCACAUUCUCUGACUAGGCUGCACCACAUCAUUGAAAGGCAAGUGCAGCUCACUAGAACUUUGCGCAGCCCCUUUGGGACUUCCCAUGAUUUGCUGUGUGCCCUGGUAGACUAGAUAACCGAUAGAGAACAUGGAAGAUGAGAUGUUUGAGCAGCUCAUGUAUGUCCUGAACCAACUGGUGACAUGGAUCGCUGCGGGGGCUAUGGUGUUUGGUGGAGUGGUGCCUUACAUCCCCCAGUACAGGGACAUCAGACGGACACAGAAUGCAGAGGGAUUCUCCACCUAUGUCUGCCUCGUCCUACUGGUGGCCAACAUUCUACGUAUACUGUUCAGGUUUGGGCGCUACUUUGAGACGCCACUCCUGUGGCAGAGCAUUGUCAUGAUAGCCACCAUGUUGAUCAUGCUCAACCUGUGUACCAAUGUCCGUGUAGCCACCGAACUCCAGACGAAGCGACGUUCAUUCACAGCAACAGACAGUAAGGACGAGGAGAUCAAAGUCCCUAAGAAGUUCUUUCUGGACUUUGACUGGAGCCACUUCUGGUCAUGGAGUCGUUUCGUGGACUACCUGCAGUGUGUGGUGGCGUUCACCCUGCUGGCGGCCUACGUCACCUACCUGCUGCUGGACUCGUCUGUGUUCGUAGAGAGCCUGGGCUUCCUGGCUGUCUUCACGGAGGCCAUGCUGGGGACGCCGCAGCUCUACUGUAACUACCAGAACAAGAGUACUGAGGGGAUGAGUAUAAAAAUGGUGAUGAUGUGGACGAGUGGGGACACCUUUAAGACUGGUUACUUCCUGCUGACCGAGGCUCCUGUCCAGUUCUGGACCUGUGGUCUGCUGCAGGUGGGAGUGGACAUUGCCAUUCUAUUCCAGGUCUACUACUACAGCCGCUACCCGCAGAAACCCGUCUCACACACCGUGUCACACACGACCAGCACCAAGGCACUCUGAGACCCCCUAACACACACACACACACACACACACACACACACACACACACACACACACACACACACACACACACACACACACACACACACACACACACACACACACACACACACACACAUUGUUACCAUUCGGUCAUGAGCACACAAACUAGUUAGUUACUUUGCCUGAAGAAUUUUGCUGAAUGACACUUGUUACAUUUCUUUUCAAAACAGAUAGGACCUCCAGUCAUAUGUAUGUAUUUGUAUGUUGUGCAAAUGGUAAUACAAGUAUAUUCCUAAAAAUAUAUCCCUAUAUAUGAAUAUACCUGAGCAUACACACAGAAUCUUAUGCACAUGCAUCAAUCUUCAUUACCAGUCAUAUGCGCUGUGUAUGGACGGACACUCGAGGAAGUGUGGACCAGCUUUCCUGUCCAUAGAUCUGAUGAUUGAUUCAUGGAAAAACCCUAAAAGACUUUCACAAAGGGCUGGUUACUCAGCCAGUGAUCACAAUGUACAACCGAUCAUCAGAGUAACUAACAGAAACCUUACUGAAUGUACAAUGGAAUUAUUAUUUUGGGGGGAAAUUAGGUUCUACAUUUAAUUUAGAUAGCUCUUUGUUCUAAGUUCUCCACGGGUCAGGUCUGUCUGAUCACUUAGGCCUCUUCUGGUCUGGUUGGACGACCUCCUGCUGCUGCUGCUGCUGCUUGUUGGAAAAGUCACAAGAUUAAUUCAACUGGAAGCAACAGCAGUUUUACCAAAAAUGAAAAAGUCUAUCUGGGCCAGAGGCCUGGUUCCUGGGAGCCCAACACGUGUCCUCCAGAUGACUCUGAGGUAAAGCUUAAGGACUCAGUGGUUCAGUGGACCACUGUGUUGCUGGUAUUACGGACAGUAAGGGAGUCAGUGGAGAGAGGGAGGUAGGACAUUGUGUGAAACAAAUAUUAUGUUUAUGUUACUGUUUUCAUUUAAAGGAGUAGCAGCCAUGUUUGUAGGCCAGGGAACUGGAAGGACUUUCUGUGUUUUUUAUGGUUAAUGAAAACGACAACAACGCAUCGGGAAGGACAUCAAGUACAACGCUCCUGUCUUUAGCACUGUUUAUACCUGAUUCUAACAUCCUUUCUCCUGUCCACAUUCUGAUGGUGCCUGCAUUUCCAGACAGGCGUAGACAAUUUAAAGACACAUAUGUACCAUGUGUAGACAUAUUUCUGGAAAUAUGGGAACAAUCAGAAUGUGGACAAGAUCAGGACAAAGGUCGCAUGUUAGCUCCAGGUAUAAACAAGGCUUCUGAGGACCUAGUGACCGUCUGUUUGCUGGUCUAUGAACAACUCAACUCAUCUCCCUGCUCCUCUCAGCCUCAAGCACCCCUAGAAACAUUUUAUUUGUUUAAAUAGGACCUUUAGAGUUUUAUAUUAAUAUUUCUUUAUUCAGCUUUCUUCAAAUGUUUUAGAUGUGUGCUUUUGGUGGAGACAAAUCUUAUCCUGCCGAGGGCUGGUGUGGGUGCAGGGUUUUGUUCUUGCCAAGUAGUAGGCAUGUCCAGACUCAACCUCUUGGAGUGUUUGACCACAUGGUAAGUUGAAUCUCUCUGGGUGUAACCAAGACGAUACCAGCACUACAGCUGUUAUAUUCACUUGUGAACUGCUUGCUAAAACGUAGUUGGUUGCGUCCAAAAUGGCGUCCUAUUCCCUGUUUAUUACACUACUUUUGACCAAGUAGUGCACUCUAUAGGGAAUAGGGUGCCAUUUCAGACGCAUAUAUAUUUUUUUAUGCUGGAUACUCUAUUUUAAUCACUGGCGAUGCGGAAUAUUUGUUUUGUUAUGCUAUCCAUCUUUUUCUAAUCCUGAAACGCUUGUAUAAUCACAAACCUUGUUCACUUCCCCUUUAUCAAGCUCUUUUUUUACAAUGAUGAGGAGGACGGUGACGCAUGUCAAAUGGUGACCGUUGUUGUCAUUGUAGGAAGAAGUUGUGCACCUAGUAAACUCUGGUUGUGUAGCAUCAACCGGACCAAAAUUACUCACUGUAUCUGAUGUGAAGUUGUAUUAUUUUGGUGGUGGUUCAGUUUGUUGUUCAUGGGUAAAACUGCAAAACUAUUCCUCUGUUCAUGUAGAUGCUGAUCAAACAAUGCCAAUCCUUGUGAUUUUUUUGAAUAUUUUUUUUUUUACAUAGAUUGAGUUCUGACUUAAAACUAAGUUGCGUUAUCGAACACUGGACUGGACUGCCGACAAUGCCCCUUUUUAAAGGCAAUUUACACCUAAACCGGCUUUCGCAGUGUCCAUACCAUGAAUUCUGUCUCCGCGAACUCGGGAAAUUGACUUUAAAAAGUGCAUUGUCGGCUGUCCAGUGCACUGCUCUGUAAGGCGCCUUGGACUGAAUCACAGCCUCAGUUUAUGUACCCCCAAUUUUCUUUUAUAGUUAUCAUUUGUGUUACACAUUUUUUGGCCAUUUUUAUAUUUGAUGACCUUUUUAUUACCACAUUGUGUCUUUUGUUGUGUUUCUACACAGUACACCACAUUUCUUUCCAUGGAAUGGCCAGUUCUUUCUAUAGAAUUGCCAGUUCAUCGUCAAUAGACAAUUUAAAUCAACCUCUGUCUGAUAUGCUGUUACUUGUUGCCAGUAUUCAUGAAAGCUCUGUGGCGCUGUCAUUAAAGGCCAAAAUGAGAA